AUGAGCACAGAAAUUAUUAAUUUCCAGGAAGCUGUCAAGGAAAGCAGACGGCGCAGCGACGCAGACUCACUCGCCCAUCUCUUCUCCGCCGUCGAUCUCCCGAAUCGGGCGUAUCUGGCCAACGCGGUUGAUCGACUGGACGGGAGGAUGCGCGAGACGCUCACACGCACCCAGCGCAGCCCAUUCGACGCCAUGUGCGUGUACCACGCUUUCGCUGUGCAUGCACGCUACAACCAACACCACACACUCGCGUUCCAGCACCAGCACACACUCGCGCAGGAGUUUAUCCGCUUCUUCCAGCCCCACGGUAGCAGCUUCGACCUCAAGUGUCUCUACACCAUCAGCAGGGAUCUGCGCACGCUCGCGAGGAGGGCAGACGAGGAAUGCACACAGACCCACCGGAAGCCAUAUGCCCUAGACGAAUGUGCUCGCUUCCUCAACAAGGCUUUCACUGCGUGCAUACAGCAUAAAUCCGCUGGGCGUGAAUCCAAGCGGUGGGGUGUAUACUACGUCAUUGGCCUCGUAUUCAAAACUUACUUUGAAAUAAACGCUCUGUCACUCUGCAAGAACAUCCUCAGAGCUGUGGCUGCAAUGAAGGACCUCAUGCCGCUCCACACUUACCCUAAAGCCCACCAAGUCACUUUCAAAUACUACACAGGUGUCUUGGCUUUCCUCGACGACAAAUUCGAUAAGGGUAACGAGGAUUUGACAUAUGCGUUGGAGAGAACGCCUGUGAAAUACCACAGGAAUCAAGAACUCAUCCUUACUCACCUCAUCCCCUUACGCCUCAUGCAGGGUGACCUCCCGUCCCCCCACCUUCUCGGUACCUUCCCCGCCCUGCACACACUCUACCAUCCCUUCGUCAACGCGCUGCAGACGGGCAACGUGAAGCAGUUCGAUGAGGCUCUGGUGCACGGCGAGCGGAGAUUAGUGGAAAGUGGUACCUAUGGCGUAGUCGAGAGGGUGCGCGAGGUGUGCCUGCGCGGUCUAUUCAAGAAGGUGUGGCUUCUCAACAAGAAAGCUAAAAUUAUCGAUAUAGCCUUGUUCAGAAUCGCGCUCAGUGUCUCGGGCGUGUACAUUGAGACUGCAGAAGUCGAGUGUUUGCUCGCAGGGAUGAUCUUCAAGGGAUACAUGAAGGGCUACAUCGCACACCAGCAGCAGAAAGUUGUGCUGAGCGAUUUCUUAGCAAACAAACCACACCCAUUCCCACCCGUCAAGAGCGUCAGACGGGCUAUGGUGGAGUUGCCGUUGUAG